AUGCUAUCGAAUAGCUCGAUUAUUAUUUUCAUGUGCUUAAUAGCAUAUACAUGUUCACAGACCUAUACAUCAUUGGGUUACUCCGAUUGUGGAUCGAAAAAUGUUCAAAUCCGUCGAUUGUCUUAUACCCCAAUGCCUAUUAUUCACCCAGGAACUGGAAAACUCUCGCUCGCAAUUUCAGCUACGGAAAGAAUACGCGGUGUUGUUAAAGCUAAUCUUACUAUUAUACGUAUAGUUUCUGGAAUUAGAUUGCCUAUUGGUUGUUAUGUGCAUAAUGGCGCAAAUGUUGGUUCAUGCUCAUAUAAUGAUUUAUGUACUUUAUUGAAAAGUAUCAUUAAACAUGACCAAGAUACAUGUCCACCAAAUCUUGCUGUACAUGGCAUCAACUGUGAGUGUCCAUUGGAUAUAUUGACAAAUGAUCUCGAUAUUGACAUGGAUCUUACAGUGCCUGUAGCACCUGACACUUUAUCAUGGAUAAGUGUGGGUGAUUUUGAUGUGAAACUUCGUGCAUCUAUUGGCAGUAUCAGUGGUUGUUAUGACUUGAAAUUUGCAGUUAAACCAGCAAAAAGAUCCAACUAA